ACAUUUUAUAAGAAGAAGUAGUUGAUUGAUGGAUAGAUCAUACGUCCAUUACUGAAAGCUAGAGUUUCGGUAUUUUUGGAGGUUAAUAGUUGUUUGGGCAUGCUGAUAUGCUUCGUGCAAGUCAUGCGAUAGUUCACGGAUGAUGACCAAUAACAAACAAAUCUCUUAAUCUUCUUGUGGAUUUUAGGUUGAUGACUUAAACACCAUUUUCAUAUAUUAUUUUGGUUAACCUCGUUUGACCCUUAUUGUUAUUGGAUGUCGUAAUUAGAUUUUUGAAACUGCGACGCAUGACGAUAUUCGAUUGUAGCGUCCGCUAUAACUAUAAACAACUGAAAACCGACUCAACGGUUAGUAAAUUCAUUAUCAAAUUCGAUUCAAUACAUACGGGUGAAUAAUAUUGAGUUUUACUUAAGAGUCAAGAAUGGAAGGAGUUAAAUGUUUCACGUGCCAUCGAGAAGCUAAAAGCAUGAAGGUGUUCGUGUCAUCUCGUUUCGUCUGUGAAGACUGCUUAACGGUUUUGAGCAAGGACAGACGUUGUUGCUUAGAUUACGAAAGUUCUCUAAAACCCUCUUCAAAUAAUGCUGAAGGAGUCAUCACCGAAUUGUGCCAAGAUACUAACAACCUUAGUGGUGUUGCCCGACCGUUUUUUGAAGGCGAUGUAAAGGACAGACUUCUGAAUGUGCCUGUUCAAAUGAAAGAGAGCAAAAGGGCUGGCGAGCGGCGUUACUAUCCGGGAAAGUGCUUCGCAAGCGAUUCAAAUCUGCCACGGUUAGUUUAUGCUGAGAAUUCAAUCCCAAUUGAUUCUAUUAAGAUGAGCGUCCACGAAUUGAAUGGUCAAACUACGAAGCCAAAUGGCCAAUGUGAAAAACAUGAUAUGGAAGAAACCAAGUUUUAUUGUCAGACUUGUGAGAUAAGAAUUUGUCGAGACUGUGCGAUACUUGAUCAUCGCGACCACGACUUCGUCUAUUACAAAGAACAUCUUGAAGCUGAGGAAACACCUCAGGAAAGACUGAAAAAGCUCUUGGAUUACGCAGAGCAAAAACAAGUUGUCCUUAACGAGAAGUUACAAAAUCUGGAUUCUCGGCUUGAGAGGAAAAGUAAGGCAAUUGAAGAAGCAAGAAUAGAAAUCAAAUCUAAGACGUUGAAAAUGAAGGAAUUGAUAUCUGAACAGGAAGAUAUUUUGAUGUCAUGUCUUGAAGGCCACCUUCUAAACGUCACUAGAAAUGUGAAGAGCCAGAAGAGUGCGUUAGAGUCUGCUUUGGAUGAUGUAAACUACGGACUUGAAAUUGCACAAGAAAUGAUCAAGAAAAACAGCCCAAGAUCGACAAGAAAAUUCCCGAAUGGCUUGACGAAUUUGAAGCAACGAACAUCAGAAGUCAAGACAACCGUUGUUCAAAUGAAUGGUGUUGCUACAGAAACUGGUGACCAUGGAAACCACCCUGAGAAGGAAGCGGUUAGUCAGUUUGAGUCUGAAGCUGACUUUUGUGAUGAUAAGUUAGAAGAAGAAGAUGAUGAUGAUGAUGACGAUGACGUUUUGAGCAUGAGAGAAAGUGUGAAGUCCCUGAGAGGGGAUAGCAGGAUAGAUGACAAUCUCAAAGUCCCUCUUCCAAAGAAUCCAACCUUCGAUGUAUCAUUGGUAUUUGGAGUUGAGGGGAGUGGCAAUGGGCAAUUCCGGGAACCCGUUGGGAUAACCGUCUCGUCUGAUGGCACCAUCUUCGUAGCAGACUACGACAAUGAUCGUCUGCAAGUUUUCGACAAAAAAGGACAAUUCCUUCGUAAUAUGACUCACGUCAUAACUGGCACAGGACGAACAGUUAAUUUUCUCUGCCCGACGGGUUUAGCUACAGACAAAUCUGGUAACAUUGUCGUGGCAGAGCGAGGCAGACAUAGAAUUACAGUUAUUUCCCCUGAAGGUCACGUACAACGCAAGUUUGGGAAACUCGGUAAAGCGAGAGGACAAUUUCGUGAUCCACAUGGCGUGUCGGUAGAUAAGAGAGGUCGGAUCAUUGUCGCUGAUACGACUAAUAACCGAAUCCAAGUUUUCGAUCAAAAAGGUGACCUCAUAUUCACAUUUGGACAUAAAGGCGAACACGUCCUUGAUUACCCGAACUAUGCGAUUUUCCAUAAAGGGUUAUUUAUCGUGUCAGACACAGACAAUGACUCGGUGAAGAUCUUUGAUAAGGAGGGACAGUUUCUACGAACAUUAGGUAAUGCAGAGAAAGAAGGAGAGCCCUUUGGAGCUCCAUCAGGACUAGCGGUCUACAAAGAUGACUACAUUCUCGUGUGUGACUUCAAUAACGACUGCGUGAAGAUGUUCUCACUCGACGGGGAGUUUGUGACCAAGAUUGGCCGUGAGGGGACCUCCCCAGGGGAAUUCUCUGGACCAGAAGCCGUGGUUGUUACCUCAGAUGAUAAAAUCAUUGUGACGGACAAAAAUAAUAGCAGGGUACAAAUGUUUGAGUUGAAAAUGGAUUUGAAAAGUCCAGGGUAGGGAGUAUAUUUAAGUGCACGUUACAUCAUGGCCACCAUGUUGGUUGACGAUAACAAUGCAUUCCUCAUUAGCUUCUCUUGUUUGAUCAACCAAUAUGGUGGCUGUUUGAAUGGUAUCCUGCUAUUCUUGGGGUGCAUGUUACAUCAUAGCAGCCAUGUUGGUUGACGAUAACAAAGCCUUCCUCAUUAGCUUCUCUUGUUUGAUCAACCAACAUGGUGGCUGUUUGAAUGGUAUCCUGCUAUACUUGGGGUGGAUGUUACGUCAUAGCCGCCAUGUUGGUUGACGAUAACAAAGCAUUCCUCAUUAGCUUCUCUUGUUAGAUCAACCAACAUGGUGGCUGUUUGAAUGGCAUCCUGCUAUUCUUGAAAAAAAAACCUAUAGAAAUCCAACCACAUUCGGUGUCCUAGUGCCCUUGGCUUGAUCAACCAACAUGGUGCUGUUUGAAUGGUAUCCUGCUAUUCUUGGGGUGCAUGUUACGUCAUAGCCGCCAUGUUGGUUGACGAUAACAAAGCAUUCCUCAUUAGCUUCUCUUGUUAGAUCAACCAACAUGGCUUCUAUUCAGCUGUUCAAAAUACCAUUAGACAGGGAACUAGAAAGUGAAGUAAGCCGCAAGAACUUUUAAUCUAAAAGUAGAGAAACUACGAACAUAAGUAGGAUUAAGUAAUGAUUUUACCGUUAUGUACAUCUCUAACAACUUGACUCGAGUCUUGACUUUGUUAUUAAAUGAUAAUUUAUUGUGAUAAGUAUUGUAAAAUGUAUUUAUACAUGUAAUUUAGCAAAAAAGUGAUUUCAUUUUGUUAUUGUCGCUGUUGCUGUUGUCAUUGUUUCUUUUCCUGCUGUUCUUGUCUUUGUAACGUGAUGUCAGUUGCCCCUGUUGCUGUUGUUGUUGCUGUUGCUGUUUUAAAUUUAGUUGUUGCUACUGUUGCUGUGGUUCUUGCCUCUGUACCUAUUAAAAAAUGUACCUGUAUAGUUUCCCCUGUUGCUGUUGAUAAGUGUUGCUACACUUUGCUGGUGUUGGAGUCUGCUGAGGGACUGGGUGUAUAAUUUAUUAAUUAAGUAUUAAUAUAUUCAUCACAUGGGAGAAUGCGAGGCUAUGUUCCAUGAGCACAUGGUUGUCCAAUGAGUAAGGCUCAUUGAAUAUACAUUUUAUGAUGUCAUAAAACAAUGUUUAAAGCAGAACACUUUAAGAUUUUUUUGAUUUUACAAUAUGAUUUUAAGGUUUGUUUUCAGGUUGUGGUAACUGUAAAUUUUAGGUAAUGACAUUUUUCCAUAUUGUGGCAUUUUAGAAUUUAUAUGAUAAUUUACAUUUUCACCAUGCUAUUUUUAAGCUUGUUCUAUUUUGAGUUAGAUGUUUUAGGGGAUCGAACAAAAUGGACUUUUGAAUUUGGGUCCCCCAAUGCUGAACUCCAGGUAUUAAACGUUUCCAUUUGUUGUUU